UGUGCAUGUGUGUGUGUGUGUGUGUGUGUGUGUGUGUGUGUUUGAGGAGGGGGGAGGCAGCCGUUCAGGCACCACCCAGCUCUGAGGGUGAGAUGCUCGUUUCAGCACCGCGGGCAGCUCCCGGUGAAAGCAGCCGCUCCUCUCCGCUGCUCCGAGGAGAAGAAGAAGAAGAAAUAAAACCCCCUCAUCCAACAGCAGAGAUUUCUUUAACACCCCCGGAGAACUGGAGCAUUUGGUUUAAUUCAAUCUCGAGAAGGCGACAGAUUUGUAGUGACAGGCUACGGACAAAACCAUUACAGGACUCCCGAGGUUGGCGUGUGCAAUCUCUGCGAAGUUUCCCUCGCCGCUGAAAAAGGCGCACUGCCUCCAUCCCGACCCGGGAAAACAAACAAACACCUGCUUGUCGUUCAGGGGGGAAGUUGAAGUGAGAAGACACCCGCACCUUAUUUCUGUGUGGACCGCAUCCGUGGAGAAGUUGUUGGACUUUUAUCUUCGUUUCACCAGCUCGACUGCAUGCGUAAAUGUCUGGUUUUGCGCGCGUGUGCAGAGGGAUUGCCAUUUUCCUGUUGGAUAAUACUCCCAGAAGCAAAGCAGGGGCAGAAAAGACAAGUUUCUCAUCUUUUCCGGUGCAAUAGGCUUCUUCAGCCUUCGUCGCUCCCCCUGUGCGAUACUCUUUUUUUUCUCCCUCCCGGUACAGCGAUGGGAGACCGACAGCCCCAUGACGCGAGCUUUUGAUGCGUCCGGAUCCACCUCACCUCUCUGGCUGCACCGCUCCUGAUCCAUUCCUCCUCCUCCGAGUCGGUUUCAUUCAGCAUCCACAGAGGCACUGCCAUCUUUCUCCCUGCUAAAGACUGGUAGGUGAUAAUGGCCAUGGAUGGAUGAGCGCUGCCUUAUUCGGAUCGCUGUGAGAUGAAGUUGGAGGCCCUGCAGCGCAGAUUAACGGAGGGCCAAGCUUAGACAACUUUUUUUCCUGAUCCAUGGUGUUUUAAACUUGCGAGCAGAGGAAAGGUGUGUAUCCUGUGUGUGCAUGACGGAAAGGAUGGCGCUGACGACAAACUGCAGGACUAACCCCAAAGAGCAGGCAUCCGUCCAGAACAGCUUCCCAGAUGUGGUUGAAUUAAACGUCGGCGGGCAGGUUUAUUACACGCGUCACUCAACUUUGGUGAACAACCCGAAUUCAUUACUCGGUAAGUUAUUCUCCUCCAAGAAAGAGGCGUCGAACGAUUUGGCGAGGGACCCGAAGGGACGUUAUUUCAUCGACAGAGACGGCUUUUUGUUCCGGUAUGUGUUGGACUUCCUCCGAGACAGACAGGUCGUCCUCCCGGACCACUUCCCGGAGAAAGGGCGGCUCAGGAAGGAGGCGGAGUACUUCCAGCUGCCCGACCUGGUGAAGCUGCUGAGCCCCGAGGACAUCAAGCAAAGCCCGGACGACUACUUCCACAGCGACUACGAGGAUGGAUCCCAGGGCAGCGACCACCGGCAGUGCCCGCCGCCCUCCCUCGUCCCCGCGGACAGAAAGAGCGGCUUCAUCACGGUGGGGUACCGGGGGUCGUGCACCACGGGCCGCGAGAGCCAGAGCGACGCCAAGUUCAGGAGGGUCCCUCGGAUACUUAUAUGCGGACGCGUGGCCCUGGCCAAAGAAGUUUUUGGGGAGACCCUGAACGAGAGCCGGGACCCGGACCGGACCCCGGAUCGCUACACCUCCCGGUUUUACCUAAAGUUCAAACACCUGGAGAGAUCCUUUGACAUGCUGUCGGAGUGCGGUUUCCAGAUGGUGGCCUGCAACUCCUCGGUCACAGCGUCGGUCGUCAACCAGCACACAGAGGACAAGGUCUGGUCCAGCUACACAGAAUACGUCUUUUACCGUGGCCAGUCACGUUGGUCCUCCCCUCCAUGUGACUGCUGCUGCAAGAACCACAAGGGUGAUGGAGAAGGCGAGAGUGGCACCUCCUUUAACGAGCUGUCCACCUCCAGCUCUGAGAGCCAGUCAGAGGCCAGCUCUCCCCAGGGAACAGUCAUCUGUGGGCCGGUAAGCCGCCAGCCUCACCCCCACGCCAACGUCCAAACCCUUGACAGGCCACUAAAAAAGGGCCCCGUCGCCAUGCUCCAGCAGUCCGACCAGCGGCGUAAGAGUGACUUGCUGCGCACACUAACGGCAAGCUCCCGUGACACCAGCACAUGCAAGAAAAGGCCGGCAAAAGAGAAGCUGACGGUCGAGGAGGAGCUGGAUAAGUGCAUUCAAGACUUCCGCAAGAUCAAGAUCCCCGAGAGGUUCCCCGAGAGGAAGUACAUGUGGCAGGCCGACCUGCUGAGAAAGUACCGCCUCUGAGCCAGGAAACAGGAGAGAGCGAGCAGCAACACGAGGCCAAGGAUCCGUUUACAUGUUUUUUGAUCUUGACUUUUGCAACAAAAAGGGAGAUAACACUAAACUCAUUUGAAUCUACGUUCCGAGGGGAAAGUUCACCGUUUUGUCAGGAGGUUAAAAAUCCACAAAGAAGGGAGAAUGAAACAUAAAAAACAGAUUCCUAUUGACGUAUGUAUGUAUGUGUGUGUAUGUAGUUUAGGCACUCUGUAUGUACUGUAAGUGUGUGCUGUACUUUGCUGAAUGCUUCAGAGCUUUGAAUAAUUUAUCACUGAGGACCAAUCACAGAGGGCAGAAGACAUUCUUUAUGAAGCCAUCAAAUGAACAGAGGGCUUGCAAAUGGCCACACAAGGAAUUAAUGAUGGUUUCUGGACUGCACGUACUGUCGUCUGUCAUCGUUUCACCGAAGAACUAUCACAGGAACCACAGUUUUAGUCCAUGGAUACAAACACUGAUUUAGUAUGUGAAUGUGUGUUUGUGUGUGUGUGUGUGUGUUUGCACCCAGGUGGCCUAGAGGUCACGGAUAAAUCUGCAUCAGGACCCAUUAAUAAUGCAUGCUGUCCCGACAGUGCUCUCACUAUAAAUACACUCAGAGGUCUUUGCUGCCAGGGGAGCGUAAACAGCUGGGUCAAUUACUUUACUUUUUUGGCAACAUCUGCGGACCUCCGAGGCAGGAGGAGGUGCCAUUUCAUCAGCGCCGCAAUUAAUUUCCUCCUCACAAUAUCAUUUAUAUUGCACACGCACCCCAAGUGAGUCAAAUUGCCGCGCACUGCAUUGAUUUUUUUUUUUUUGCUGCGUUGGCGAGAUGAGGAGCAAUACCCAGGUUAAUGUGUGAAGGGUAAGUGAGAGAGUCGAGGAUUUGAUUUGAUGGUCGAACCGCGGGGAAAUACACAGGUUUAAUAAAGAAAAGCCCUGAUUCAACACACCUGUCCACACAGUCAUCGGUUUAUAUCACAGGCAUUUAACCCCUUUUACAUCACCGACACGAAAAGAGCCCUGACAAACAUUCAUCCCCCAUCACAGCGAUCAAUCGUGAGGUCAUUUACACCAAGCUCAAUAUGACACCUGCAGUUAAUACAGACAGGUUUGCUAUGUUUGCUAAACCCGUCAAGACAGAAUGAUGCAUCCGGGGCCGACUGGUGACACGCUAAUCAAUACUUAUUGAUGACAGGGUCCGGGCGAUAGAGCCAAUAGCCGCGGCUCUUGUUUACAGUUAUUAAUGAAGCCCCUUGGUUACUGACGAGGACAAGCUGUUCAUGUAUUCAGUGAAAAUUAGCCAUUCUUCAUGUGUUCAUUUACGUCCCCCCGGCUCUGUCAGAAUCAGCGGGAUGUGGUGCAGCGUUGUAACAGAAACAAACACAGCGAUUUUCAAAAGAGCACAGUUUUAAUUUCCCACCAGAUUGAUGGUUAUUUAUUUUAGGAUCUUGUCGGAACAUAUAUACUGGCAGAGGGAUUUGGAGUUGAUUCCACAGUGCAAAUUAAAUGAUUGACGACGGUACAUGACGAAAGCACAAAGACAUCCGCUGAUGCCGGAAUCACGCGUCAGCUCUCUUUAGUCUUACGAUGGUAGAGUUUAUAUCACAAUCUCUGUUUUAGGAGAAAGCACAUAGGAAAUGAUUAAACUUUUUCAACAGCGACAACAACCAAGGGAACAAAAUGCAUUUCUUGAUUCGAGUUCAAGAUGUUAAUUUCUUUUAUUGGUACACAAAAAAAAAUCGGAUGUUUUUGUAAUAGGACCAUCUGUGUGGGUCGGCAAUUAAAAGGCACGCUGUUACAAGUACUGUAGAAGGCUUUCAAACACGCAAGUUCUUAUGAGUUUCUCCGAGAGGAAAUAGCUGAAGUAGAAAACUGCUAAUCAAAUGCUUAGAUGUGUUCGUCAAUCACAGCUUCAGGUAACAUCCAAGGUAUUUAGGAAUGUGUGAUAGACAGCUUUGAUGAAAAAAUGUGGUUUGUGAGUUAUUGCGUUUGAAAUAUAUUAUGACCUGUAUGGUAUAGAUGAUUUAAAAAAGCAGACAGGAAAAUGUAAAUUGGAGGAAUUUGAUGUAUUUGUUAUAAAAACAGAUUAUAUGAUUGAUUAUAUUAUAUGAAGGCACAGAGGAGCGGGCUUUAUCAACAAUCAAAGCAAAGCACAAAGUACACGGUUUAAUCUAAAGCACACCCAAAUAAUAAAAUAUACAUAAUAUAUACUUAUUCAAAGAUUGCUUUAUUAAAAAAAAAUGCCCCUGACAUGUUAAUAGAAACAAAUUAUUGCAAAAUGUUUAAUAUACUUAUUUUUCUAUCCAGAGGCUCUUGAAUUCAUAUACAAUCAAAUGUCCUUAUUCUCCCUUAAAAUGAAUUUCCGUGAGCGAAGUGGGUCACAGGUUGUUAAAAGUCUCCAGUUCUAUUCAGCAGUGCCCAUAUGUCUCCUACAGUUUAUUAUAGCAUAAAUUAAUAUGGCUGCAAUAGGUGCUAGAUUAAAAAACAGUUUCCUCAUGUCAAUAUAAUGAAUAUGACUUAUUUUUCUACAUCUAAGGAAUAUUACAUUUUCAUUUUAAAGUCAUUUGUCUUCUCAGUUUGAGUUGGAAUAUGUUAGUCCAGACUACAUAUCAUAUGUAAAUAAACACCAUAAAUCACACCUAGCCAGAAUAAUGUAUUAUACUCUCACAUAACAUGCAAAUCCAUGAGGCGCGGCUGCUUUGAUGCAGUAGACUGACGCUAAUAUAAUACAGGCAUUCGUGUUUUAUCAUUUGGAGUGUCGGUCCAAAGGGGGUAAGGGGAAUAUAAUACACACCCAUAACAUGUAUAUUUACCACCAUAACAAAUGAUGAGCUGUAGUCACUUUUCAAGACAGUGUCAUAAAUGAGCUGUCAGUACAUUUGUCUGGAAGUCCGUGGUCACCAAGACCCUUCAGUGGCUGAAUUUAAUCAUUAGAUAAAAAAAAUAACUAUGUUUACUCCUUUUAACAAAAGAAAAGCAUGUUUAAAACUCAAACUGUUCAUCUGGAACCCAGGAGGUUUUGUGUUACUGCACAGCACCGUCACAAAGUGUUAGGACAGUGAUAUUUUUUCGUUGUUUUGGCUCCAUACUCCGGAACAUUGGAUUUGAAAUUAAACAAUGGGUGAAAGUGCUGAGUUCAUGCUUUUAACACAGUUUGUUUCAUCCAUAUUGGGGAAAAUAGUGCAGAACCCCCCCAGUGACAGGACGAUGCAGCAGGACUUACUGUCUCCAUUUACAGGUGAGGCAGCAAACGUUUAUGUUGAGCCUUAACCUCUUAUUGACUAGGCCCCUUGUCCAGGCCCCUGCUUGAAAACGCCUGAAAUGAAUAGUGUAUAUCAAUGGUCCAUAUGCAUAAUCUUGGUACUUGUAUAAGGUAACACUUGUAUUUCUACAGAGGUUUAAGCAUCAGACUAGAUGUUACUGGGUCAGAGUAAAUGAAGAUGGAAUACAAAAUAAAUAAAAUAUUUUAUAGCUAUGUAAAGACAGCUACAGUGGGAGACACAGACUAAAAAGGAUCAGCAACAAACUACUGAACGCAUUUAUGACACUGUUCAUCUCAUUCAGAAGUAAAAACCCUCAAUUUAAACCACAACUGAGAAUCGGAACUUUAUAUCUUUAAAUGUACAGCUCGAGCACGGAGCCAACACAACUCUAGAUAAUGUUAAUUGUGAUUCAGCACUACACAAAUAAAAUUUAAUUGAAGUCAACUACAAAAUCGUUAAUAACUAUAAUCCAGUUUAAAAGAUGUUUUCUUGGUGUAAACUAAAGGUGAAGUGUUCACUCCAACACAUUUUAGUCAUUGAAUCAUAAAUAUUGUACUAAUAAUAUACGAUUAUAUCCUCUGGUUCAUUUUUCCUUUGAAACGCCUUUCAAAGAAACAGCACAAUGAUUUGAGAUAGUGAAAAAAAAAAGGUAAAAGGUGUUUGCAGUUGCUGUUACAAUAAUCAAGUUUCCAAAAGAUCCAAACACAGUAAAUAAUUUGGAUGAACUGGUGGAAAUAUGAAUCAUUUGAAACAGAAAAGACUAGAAAGGAUUUUGUUGCGCAACUGUUUGCAUCCGUCAUGUUAUUUUUGACAUCCUGAGUACUUUUGCUGUUUUCCUUGCGCCAAGUUAAAGUGAAAGAGCGAGCUGAUAUAAGUAGGGAUCCUGUUUGCUUGACUCUGCCUGCCAUUACAAGAAAAAAAUGCAUCAUGAAAUGCUCUUCAACAGACACGCAGUGAGAAUAAAUACCAAGACACCCGGAGGCCUUCUAGAGUAGACUUCAGCUGUUUUUUGCACAAUGUAUAAAGUUAUAUAAAGAAGCAAACACGAGAAAGUAUUUGAAAAAAAAAAAGACAUGAACAUGUUAAGAGUAAACUGACAAACACAGCCACACACGACGUGUCUGUCACGAGAGAGAGAAAGAUUCGAUCGUUUGUUGUAAUUGUACAUUUUCAAAAUUUCUCCUUCAGAGCAUGUGCUAUGAUAUUCAGUUCUCUGGGCCAUUAAACGAACAACAGACGAUGUAACUCUUAUUGACGAAGAAUGACUGUCAAUUUGCUUUGAAGCCUGAUGUGACGUGUGAAAAGGGAUGAGUUUUUGUCUAUUUCUGUUAUUUUUGGAGAGCCCGGCUACAGUCUGUGAUUGUCUUUCUUGAAGUUUUUAGGCGUGCCCUGCGACUGAAGCCUGUGCACACGAUUGCGGGCCCUUGCUAUUUUUUCCCUCCUGCCUUUGAUGAGCCUGCCAACCACAAAGAAAAUCACAUUAUCCCGAUACCACCACGGUAGACCCGGCACACGCUGCUUGAAAAAAAAAACAAAGGGGCGUCUGUUUUUGAUGUAUGUUGUUCUGACACACAAAAGAAAAGAAAAAAUGGUUCAGAAACAUUGUGAGCAUGUUGGUAUACAAAAACUUAUAACAGAUUUAACCUAGUCUGUUUGUGUGGAAAAAGAAAUAUGUCAAAAACUGAUAUUUAACAGAAAAAUCUAAACUUGCAAAAAAAGAAAAAAAAAAAGAAAAGAUAAGCACAAAUGUGUCGAUAGUGUCUGCUGUUCCUCCACAGUUGUUUAACAUUAUCAAAUAAAAGUCGACUCUGCAGCGCGACCGAGCUCCUGCAAAACAGAGCGAUUCUCACCAGAGGCUGUGGAAUAAAUGUCAGUGAAAAACAAUUUCGGCUUCUUUCAAAUUACGUAAAUCUGUCUAUCACAGUUUUUACAACCUUUAAAUUAUACAUAGAUUUACUCCUUUAACUUCAAAUUGAACAUGAGCUGCUAACGACUUAGCCUCCAUAUCGAGAGUCGCCCUGUAUUCCAGGUGUGAGGUCCCAUUACUCUGUCUGCCUUUAGAGACAAUACAACUCAUCUGAGAGUGUUUAGAUACGAAGCAUAGUAUAGUCAUUUUGAAAAAUGUAUGAGUACAACCAAUAAACAAGACAUUCUGUACAGCGA